AUGUCAUCGUUUGAGGCGCUCAAUUUGAGCACUACAGAUACUGUGGAUGAGUCUAAAGAUCAUAGUCGGGAGCUUCAAGUGGAGGAGAGUUCUAAAAUAUUUCAAUUGGCGUUGAUUCAACUUAAAGCAAAACGAUACGAUGAUGCAAAAGACACGUUUGAUAAGUUAUUCGAAAUAGAUGUCAUCAAACCUAAUAAAUGGGGUCUCUAUGAAUAUUCAUCACCAACGUUAGAUUCGCUUCGAUACCUUGCCUUCAGGAAUAGGGGAAUUCUUUACUACCAGUAUGUGAAGGAUAAUUUGGCAGAAAUGGAAUCUGGUGACGUAGUGGACUACGUACUAAAGGCCCUCGAAUGCUUGUUGGAAUCUUUACAGCAUGGAGAUGCAGACAGCACUGUUACUCACUUACUUUUGAACAUAUUUUGGAGUUUUAAUAGUGCAAAGUUGUCUAGAAGCAUAUUAGAGUUUGAACUUACGCGGUCUCCAGAAGAGUUUAGACUUCUUUCAUCUCUAGCGGCGAUGUUCAAGGGUCAAAAAAGAAUUGUAAAGAAAUACUCUGAACUACUAAAGAAAUUGCAUGAUGCUGGAAGUCGUGAGAAUAUUCCAAGCGCCAUCAAUGAUGUUUUAAACUAUAUAGAACAUUGUGACGUUGAGAUGAAAGAAAGGGAUCUCCUACUGAAACAGAUAAAAACGAUGAAAAUGGAGGACGAUGAAUUGAUUAAAAAUUUAGAUGCUACUAGUUUACCACUUUAUGAGUUGAGCUGGGAAGAAAUAGGAUCUAAGUUGAGAAGCUUAAUACCACGAACAAAGGUGACAAAUAUUCUAGGCAGAAAAUCAGAUACAUACAGCGACCUUGAAGCUCCUCUGGAAUACGUUUAUUUUUCUAUUGAUGAAGCUAUGGAAAAAACAGCUCGUUCCCCAGCUGACUCUGUUGAGAACUUGUCGGAUCAUUAUGAAGACGCGAUUAGCACCCUCCCGGAGACAAAUGCUUCUAAUACUGCUACUCCAAAUAAUAGUGACACCUCCGACACAAAGCAGAUAUCAUCAAGAAGAGCUGAAUCUAACGAUAGGCCUACUGCCCAGAGGUCUAGUAAAAGAUUCAAAGAACGAGAAAAGGUUCAGGAACCUGAUGUUGAAGAACUAGUUGAAUUUCACAAUCGUAUUCUAGCCAAUAUUGACGGAGUUUUGAAGUCAUAUGGAAUUGCUGAAGAUCUCUCGGUAGAAGCGAUUGAUCCGAAUAAUAUAUCUAAGCAGCAAGAACUUUGUAUGUCGGACUUUUAUGACUGUUUAUCAUCAUGGACAAAUAAACACACCGAAUUCCUCAAACAAGGCCAAGAAAGCUUUUCUUUGAAAAGUUCUACUGAUGAUUUUACCCAGUUGACAAUUCUCUUAAGAAGCUCUAUGUUUUCUGGAGAUGUGGAACCGAGUGAUUCACUCUCAGAAGUGGAGGCUGAUGAUGUCACAGCUUUCAUAAAGACAGUCAAUGAACAGAAACUUCAUUUUCACGCUGUCCGUUUUUUGUUGAUUGAACAACUACUUUCUCUAAGAACGGAUGGCAGAUGUAUGAUUACAGAUUUUUUUUGGAGUCCAUCCCUUUAUGAGGCUGUAGAGUUUUUUACAAUUGGUAUGGAGUUUAACCUCUAUGAAAUGAUCUCACCAUCAACAGACGAGAAAUUAUUAUCAAUUGGUAUUUCCUUCUUUGAAAUAAUGAUUAAUUUAAUGGGAUCCAUAUGCAAUGAUAUAUCUACAAAAAAGACUCAAGGUCAAAAGAUUAACGAACUUGAAUCUCAGCGCAAUAAGCUCGAAAGAAAGAUCAGUAGAUGGCACGAAAUGUUAAGCUCUAAAAAUCUCACGCAAAGGUUAUUGUAUAGGUUUAAAUGGUCGAACUUUUGCUUUUUGCAGUCCACUACUGAUGUUACCAAUAAUAACCUUAUUACAACUAUGGAAGAAAUCGAGAAGGGUUUAUCUGCCAUACCAGAUUUUGGAACUAUAGCGUACAGCAACUACAACAAUAUAUCAUCGUUAAGUUUAAAGACAGUUCAGAGCCAGUUUUCGAAGAUAAAAAUGUUACGUCGUUUUACUACUGUUGAUGUUGAAAACGAAGAAGACGAUACAACUCACAGGGACUAUGUUCAGCAUUUGUAUUGUAUUUUGAAUCAAAUACCUGGAAGUGGAUCUGACUUCGAUUCAAUGUACGAAUUUGUAACCACCUCUCCAUUUCUAAUGAAACUCAAAUUGUGGAAAAUGCUAAUAAAUUACUACGCAAAUAAAAACGAUCAGAUGAGGUUUCAGACUUGCUAUUUUAGUUCUAUGAAAUUUUUGUUUGAAAGAUUAAAUUCGCAAGAAUAUCAACUGCAGUCACAACUACAGAGACAAAAAACUCUUUUAUCGACAUUUAACCAUAUAGGUGACUUUUCAAAGCGCUUUUAUCAGGUACUCAGCCAGUCAUGGCAAUCGGCACUAAAACAACCGACCUCUGAUCAAUUAAAAACGUUGGUAUCGAUUUUCAGGUUGUUAUAUCCUUUGGUUUUUUAUGAAACUAUGGCAGAGAAAGACUCCUCAUUAAAAUCAUUUUUCAAAAAAGCUGUAAAAUCAUCCAUUACUUUGCAAGAUAUUUUCUUAACUAUUGCCUCAUUAAUGACUAUAUGUAUUAAAUCCUUAUCUGAUGAAAAGGAUUCACUAGAUGAGAACUCUUGCCAUGUUAUUGAUUUGAUAUCGGCACUGCAUACACUUGCGGGCAAGUAUGGAUUCUGUGAUAAAUUUGAUGGUAACUUCUUGAGGGUUCAAGAACAUAUUCUCUGUGGAUUCUCUAAUACUCAAGCAUUUGUAGAGUUAAAGAGAGUUUUAUGGUGUCAGUAUCACAUAUCAAUCGGUUUGGACAAUCCUGACGAUCAACAUCAAACUCAGCCCCAGACGAUGACUAAGAAAAAUGCUAUUGUGCUCUCUAACUACCUCAUCAAAUUUCAAUAUCCGGAUAGAAACAUUUUGGUUCUAAAUAGUGGUAGAUCCAAUUUCAAACAGUUUUUCGAAAUAGUUAUGGAGUUAAUCGGCGACAUCGAUUAUGAAUCAAAUCAUGUCUUAUCGAGAAACGAGUACUUUUUCAACCAAUUCUUCACUGCUCCAAUAUCACUGAAAACCGUUAUGGAUGCUUUUGCUGGUGAGCUCGAAAUCGAAUUUACAAGUCCAAAUGACGAACUACAAUCUGGUGUUGACGGCGGAUUGUUUUACGUAUCUGCUGUACAUGCUUUGAACCAGUACCAAUCUAGAAAAAAGUCCAUGCAAGCUCGUCCAUCUGAACUGGAUGCUAUUAUGUCAACAUUAACAACCGAUAUUCUAUACAACACCAAACGAUUCGAGAGUUGGUAUUUGCUUGGUAAAUGCUAUUCAUUUGUAGUUGAGGACGAUUUGACAUGGACGUCAGACAAACUAGCAUCAAGAGACAAAAAGCAAGCUACUGCUUUUGCGGAGAAGAAAGCGAUAUUAUGUUACUUGAUGGCACUUAAUCUAUACCUGUCUACUUCUUCUCAGGUCAAUUCGGAAUUGAUGAAAAAUGACAAUAAGAUUGUGUUUAGGGGUCUUUUGGAAGCUUUAGGUAAAGAAAUGCUUCAAGCGUAUGUUAAACCGAUGAGUUCGAUGAGUUAUACUUGGAAGCCCAAACCAGUUCUUAUCAUGAAAGAGGAUGGUACUUUGGAAAACCUUCAAGUUGUAGACAAGCCAAGUAUUUCAGAAACUAACAUCCGCAAAUGCAUAUUGACUAUACUUGCAAAAGCGGAUGCUCUCUACGAAACUGACAAAGAGAGAAGUUGGACUAAUCCUUUCUAUAUUUCAAAGGUGCAUUUAAAAACCGAUAAAACUUUAUUUAAAAACCGUGGUAUACAUCUAUUGCAGGAAGCGUGUAAAUUAUCGUUACUACAGUCUUCCGUCUCUGGUAACGACACGAUUUUAGAGGCGCAUUAUGCCUUAGUAUCUGCAUGCUAUAAGUGCUUUAAAGAAAAGGUUUUUUCUCUUGAAGAAGCUCUAGAACAAUUGAAGCUUGAUGAUGGGUUCUUUGGAUUGUCCGAUGAAGAAUGGGAAAUUAAGGAAGAAAAGGAAUUCUAUACUUUGAUAAUAAAGCUUUUGAAGUUCAUCCUUUCCAAGGACAAACACAAAUGGCAACACAGACCUGUCUAUAGAAUUGCGCAAAUCAAAUACACAGACUUCAAGGACAUCGAAGGUGCGAUGGAAGAAAUGAAUAAACUUUUGGGACUUAAAUCGGUAAACAAGAACGUUGUCAACAUUUGGAAACCAGAGAAUGAGCUCCCAGGGAAACACUUUGUAUACGCUUACCAGUAUGUUAUGUUUUACAUGGAGCUUCUUGAUGAAAAACAUGAUUUCAUGGCCAUUGGUGGUAUGGUUAAAAAAUUGAGGAGAUUUGGAUCUGGUAUGAUAAACUCCCAGGAUGCAAUUAACAAGGCAGUGGAAUUAUUCGUUAAUGGUGCGAAGUCUGAACUAUCUCUCAAUGAGAAAGAACAUGGUGAAUUGCUCAUGCAAAGAAUACCAUUUCCGGAAUUUGUACAAAACAGUGAAGAAUUACAUCAGUCAUUUAAGAAAGAGGAUUAUCCCACUAAGGUUCUAGAUGUGUUUUUACUUGCAUACAAUCUGAAAAAGGGUACUAACUCUAUUCAGUUUGAUGGGGUCUGUAUCACCAUCUAUUUCAAGUAUUUCUACACACCAUUUGUGGAAAAGAAGAAAGAGUUAACGCCUACAGUUCCUCCCACCAUAGAAAUCACAAAUGGAGAACAGAAAGAGAAAUCACCAACUCAACAGCAACAACAAUCGAAUUCACCCUCUCCGAACCUGAACGGUGCUAAAGACAAAGUUACGAAGAUGCCUAACAAAGUUUCAUCAAGCGUGCGUAAAAGAGUGAGCAAAAGAGACGUUUUCGAUAGAGUUUUAAAACUAAUCGAAAAAAAACUAUCAUAA